AUGCCAACGAAAAGAAAACUCGUUGUAAAAACUUUGGCAGAAAAAUGCCAAGCAUUAAAAGAAUUGGAAAAAGGUAUUCCAAAUAAAGAUAUCGCUAAAAAGUACGGGGUGCCUAAAAACACGAUAUCAACUUGGCUAGCCAAUAAGGAAAAACUUUUUUCUGCUCUCGAAAAAUCUUCGAGCAAGAAAAGAAAGAUCAGAGAUGGUAAAUUCUCAGAAGUAGAUCUUGUCGUGUUCAAAUGGUUUGUUUCACAACGAAGCAAAAACAUACCAAUCGAUGGGACAAUACUAAAGGAGAAAGCUAAAAGCUAUGCACAGGAGCUUGGAGUAGAAGAUUUCAAAGCUUCAGACGGUUGGCUUGGUAAAUGGACAAAAAGUAUCUCGAUGCACUUUUCCGUUCCAAUAAAUGUCAAAUUGCAUGGCACUUGCAUGCCUUCACCAUCUCCCAAAUUAACUGGUUUUCCAGUCACACGAAUUUUCCAGACUUUCCAAGCACCAACUCUUUUUGAAGAGUGGGUGCGAGAAAUCAAUGCAAUGUUUCUAAAAGAAGGUCAAAAGAUAGUCUUGAUCAUCGAUAAUUGUCCCGCUCACCCUGAUGUCGGUGGACUGCCCAACAUUAAAUUGAUUUUCUUACCUCCAAAUACAACUUCUGUGUCACAACCGAUGGACCAAGGUGUCAUAAGAUGUCUUAAGUCUCUUUAUCGCCAAAAAUUGGUCAACAUGAUGAUUAAAAACCUAGAAAAAGGCAAAGGUCUUCCAAAAGUUUCAAUUCUGCGUGCUCUUCAAAUACUUGUUUCGUCGUGGGACAAAGUGAAGAAAGAAACCAUCGUAAAUUGCUUCAAGAAAUCAAAGAUUUCCAAGAAAGCUCAACAGAAUGCAAUUGAUGAUAUUGAUGAUCCAUUUAAACAACUGGAGAAAGAUCUCACACAACUGCGUGCCAUUGACGAUACCAUUAUUCCUGCUGAUCUCUCGGCCCGUGAUGUUGUCGAUAUUGACCAAGAUUUGACCACAAUCGAAAAUCCCGUGACUGAUGAAGAAAUCCUUGAGUCGGUACGGCCAAGUACAGAUGAGAAUGACGAGGAGCAUGAUGAAAAUGCCGAUGUCAUCGAGGUGUUUGAUGAGCCAGUGAGCAAGCCAACAAAAUCAGAAAUAAACACUGCAGUGGAGACUUUACAAAAUGCUUGUCUAUUCACUGAUGAUGGAAAUGACAUGCAACGCCUCCUGCUUCGCUUUGAAGAUUUGUUUCUUAAAAGUGAAAUGAAAAACAAGAAGCAAACUAGUAUUUUGAGCUUUUUCGAUCAAAAAUAA